ACCACGUGGUCGCUCAGCAUCUGAGACACAGAAGGUCAACUUUGAUCAGCACCACGAUUAGUAUCGGCUUUCUGAACCGCAACGAAGGACAUCGACUAACUAGCAGCCUACGGACCCAUUUUGGUGGAUAUAUCACACUCUGCACCCACAUAACGACGGACACCAGCUCGGCAUCAUCAAGGUAACUGAUACCAUACCGGUGCAAGAAGAAACAGGAGGAAAAACAUGUCAUUGUAUCCUUCUUUAGAAGACCUGAAGGUGGAUAAAUUUAUUCAGGCACAUAACACUCCUACUGCCAGUCCAUCCAAAGCCCCGCCCCUGGCACUCUCUGACCACGCCCAGUACAACCAUGGUCACGCCCACACUGGGUCUAACCUGGAGGAAAUUGAAACAGAUGCCUCUGGAAGUUUGUAUCCUCAGCUGAGUGAAUUUAUGGGCCUGAAUCUUAGUAUUGAGGCGAUAAAAACCUUUUCUGCUACAGUCCCUGAGCAAAUUAGUGGAGCUAUCAGUGCGUAUUCAUCUCACACAAACUGGACAGUUGCUCCUAUAACUGGCAAUGACGUGGGACUGAAGAGGGCUGAGAUUCGGCAGGGAGUCAGAGAGGUGUUGAUCUGUAAAGACAUGGACGGGAAGAUCGGCCUCCGUCUCAAAGCUAUAGAUAAUGGGUUGUUUGUACAGCUAGUACAAGUAAACACUCCAGCAGCAUUGGGAGGGCUUCGCUUUGGGGAUCAGAUUCUGCAGAUCAACGGAGAGUCCUGUGCUGGCUGGAGCAGUGACCGUGCACACAAGGUUCUGAAGAAUGCCAGUCCUGAGAGAAUAACACUAGCUGUACGAGACAGGCCACUGGAGCGUGCUGUCACUCUGCAUAAGGACAUGAAUGGGCAGCUUGGGUUCAUAUUUAAGAAAGGUAGAAUUACAUCCAUUGUGAAGGACAGCUCUGCAGCUCGUAAUGGACUGCUCACUGACCACCAGAUCUGUGAAAUCAACGGACAGAAUGUGAUUGGACUAAAGGACUCUCAAGUGUCAGACAUCCUCAACACUAGCGGGAAUGUUGUGACUGUAACUGUGAUGCCAGUGCUCAUCUUCGAUCACAUGAUGAAAAGGAUGUGCAACAGCAUUGUGAAAUCUCUAAUGGACCACUCCAUUCCUGAGGUGUGACAUGGACAAACCAUCAACUGGCUUAGAAUGGGCUUUCACGUGCACUACAGCUUAGAUAAAGUGGCAUACACACGCACAGCGUUUAUGCUUUUAAGCAGAUUAAUACGAGAGGUGAAAAGUGAGAACCGUUGCUCUUUUUUGCAGUAUUUUGUCUUUUCCAUCAUUGAUUAACCCCUUUACGUUAAAUGUGCAGUGUUUUUUCAAUCCCAAAAGUCAAAUCAAAGCUUUACCGAAAUACAAUAACAAGGUAAUAAUGGUUUAUAUCCGCUAUAUUGUAGGCAACUUUAUUGAAUGUUUUCUGAUUUAAAUAGCUUAUUUAAUGUUUACUUAUAUUUAUUAUAACUCUGUCUAAGAGCACACAUACACCCAACUCGAUGGAGCCACAAGAAAGGUGCUUUCUCUCAUUUCAAAGUAGGUGCAUUUCUCUCAACAUUUAAAACAUACUGUACGGACGAGUCCACAAUCUCCAGGAAUUGAACUAUGCAUGGUUGACAACAUAGGUAAAAAAAAAUAAUUUUUAGGAAAAUAGUUCUUAUAGGAUUCCAACCACAGGUGAAUUUGUAAAUAUAUUAAUCUACAUUUAAUUUGAGUUUAUUUUACGAGGUUUUAUUAAUAUACUCUUUAUAAAUCUGCUAUCAUUUCACUAAAAUCCAGUGGGAUUGUGUUGAUAUGAGUUUAAAUAAAAUAUGUUGGAUAGAAGAACUUAGUUUUGACAGGAUUUUACUUCAUAGGAGUGUUGACUUUCUGUUGGAUGUGUAGGUUUGUUGACUUUUUUCUUGAUUUAAAUGAAAAAAAUAAAAUAAAUCUUGACUCAUCAUUGGUAUAAACGGUUUUAUGACUAUUAUAUAAUGUCAGGAAAUUCUAUUCAUUUAGUGGGUCCAGGAUUCAAACAUUGCAUAUUGUCCAGUGUUUUUUUUGUUGGUGAUGUUAUUUCCACUUAAAUAAAAGUGUAUAAAAAGU